UGUCAAAAUGGCAGAUAGUGAUGGCGAGAGCCUUUAUGAGGGCAAAGAGUACAUUCCAAUGGAUGAGAAGUUAGACAAGUGGGCUGAUGUCGAACCAAUUGAACAGUACACACAAGAGAAUGAUCCAGGAGUCUGUAAGAUCGAUUACACUCCAGGAUUUGAGGAAGCCAUGAGAUACUUCAGAGCACUUCUGAACUCAAAUGAGAUCAGUAGAAGAAUGCUUGAGCUAACCCAAGUGGUUAUCAAGGUCAACUAUGGUUGCUAUACAGCUUGGUAUAUCCGCAGGAAGUGCCUCGAUGAGAUUGGAACUGAGGAAGACUGGCAAAAUGAAAUCAAAUAUCUUAAUAAAAUUGGUAUCGCUCUUGAGAAGAACUACCAAAUCUGGCAUCAUAGAAGAUGUAUUGUCCAGAAGCUCAAUGAUCCUUCGAAUGAGAAACAAUUUAUGGAGGGAAUCCUUAAGAGUGAUGACAAGAAUUAUCACGCUUGGAGCUACAGGAUUUGGUUUAUCAAGUACUUCAACCUCUUCGAUGGAGAGAUGGAGUUCAUCGAGAAAAUGAUCCAGGAUAAUCCUGUAAACAACUCCGCUUGGAGCUACAGGUACUUCCUGGUGAACCAUACAAAGGAAUUCGGAAAAGAGACUGUUGAGCAAGAAAUUCAGUAUGCGUUCCAACAGAUCAAGGAUUACAAGCUUGAUAAUGAAGCUCCUUGGGUAUACAUCAGAGGAUUCCUUGCCAAAACAGAUGAAGAGGCUAAGAGGAGCCAACGUCCUAACUCCAGUGCUAAACGAAUCAUCAUCACCGAUUUCCCAUUUGUCAAAGAGACAUGACUUCAGAUGCUCAAGGAUUACGAAGAGGGGGCUCAUGGGUACCGGUUCAUCAACAUUUUGCUUCUUGAUUACUUAAUCGGGGAAGGCCUCAAGGAAGAAGCUAACGAAGUCAUUGACAAAUUGGCCACGGUAUAUGACCCGAUUCGUGAAAAUUAUUGGAAAUAUAGGAAAAUCAGCUAA